AUGGACGUCGUAUGGGAUUCUCUCAUCACGCCGGGACCCCUGAUGCACACCUUUCCACCGGAUUCGUGGACAACCGAAACUCGCGUCACGCGCGCGGAGGGCGAGUUCAUAGUUGCGUCAUUUGUGCGGCCGCUGGUCCCUGACGACUUUGCUCGCUUUCUGCUGUACGCGCCUCGCGUCAAAUCCCUCGGAGGGCAUGGGAGGAAUGUGUGUCUCGGGCAGUCCUCCAAAUUGAGGCUUGCUGAAGCCGCAUUGCACAUUCUGGAAGUCGCCAAACCCCCAGGCCCGCCGCUCCCUAAUCUGCACAGUCUGGAAUACGAUGGUUUGUUCCUGGAUAUCGGGGGUAUCGCUGUUCCGGCAAUGCGCAUCUUCUUCGGGCCUCGCUUGAUGUCCGUCAAAUUAUGGGCCCACGCGAAGCGGCAUGAGGAUGCCAGUAUCCAAAUGCUCAAGGAGUUGGCGGAGAAAUCCCCACAGAUUGAGCAGGCCAGUUUCAUGUUCUUCGCAGACUGUCCCAGGGUGUCCGCUGUGCUACCAGACGUCAUAGGCAAGCUACACUACCUCACGACGUUCGAGACCCACUUGGUGGUUCCGCACGACGCGUUGCUUUUGCUCGCCGCUUUGCCAAACCUCCGGAAGAUGGGCGUAGUCCUGCGCAAGAGUGAUGAACUGGUCAAGGUACUCGAGGCGUAUUGCAGUAAUACGGUCCACGGCAGCCCGUUCUGUGCACUGGAAGAGGUCGAGUUAUAUGCAAGGCGGCUUCCUACCAUCACGGCUUUCCUUCCGUACAUCAGCUCCCAUAAGCUGACACAUAUGCGUGCAUUUCCCGACCGAGCCCCGCUUGUGCCCUACGCCAAAGACUUCUUUCAUUCGCUUACGACACAUCAUAUGCGAGAGACUCUUCACUCCCUCGCACUCGAGGCAUGGAUCAGCAUCGAGGAUCUGGAGCCGUACUUGCUUACGCGCGAAACACUGGAACCUCUGCUGCAGCUGAAUUUGACGGUGCUACAUUCCGACGGUUGCCCGAUCGACGUAGACAACGACAUGCUCGCCGCAAUGGCGCAAGCGUGGCCGAAUCUGGAGCGCAUAGAUCUCGAGAGCUUCCGCGGGUCGAGCAUAUCGCCGCCGAAGGCGACUCUGCUAGGUCUCAUACCCUUGCUUCAGCAUUGUCCCCGCCUCAAGACGGUUGGGGUGGUCAUGGACGCUGAGCAUCUAACAGCGGAAGUCUUACUGGCAGUACCACCCAGCGAUCUCGCAGAAGACUCGCGCGUCAAGUAUCUUAAGGUGGGGAACUCUAAAAUCUCGGACCCAACAUUUGUCGCGACCUUCCUGUCUUCGCUACUUCCGAAUCUGGAAGACAUCAGGACAGCGUGGCCGGAUCGACGCUACCAUGAGGACGUCAAAGAGGAGGACAUGGAGCAGUGGCACAGAUGGACGCAGUGUCUGUUCAUGGCGCGAGAGCUUGUCAAAAUACGCAAGCAAGAGCGCAGGUGGUAUCUUACUACGAAGACGAUUGCCGAGCAUUGA